GCACAAAGGCCUUUCUGUACCCUCUCCCUACUGUAUUCAGAUAAGUGCCUUUGUGCACUAGCACGACGCGACCCUAAUGGCCUCGUAGCAGCUGUUGAAUUGAGUGUUUUUAAGGCAACAGGCCAGCCCUGUUCGCGCUCGCAGCUCGUCUCCGAAUGCGUACGGGACUUGCCGGCAAGACGGUGGAGAUGCUGAGCGCCGCCGCCAGCAGGACCCGGCCGAGGCUCGGUAGCCUGUUAGUGGCCACCGCUACCAAAACAUUAUCCCCGUUACCGAGCACCGAGUGCCACAGAUUUCGCUCCACAUCCUCGAUGCAGGGAUUUUCAGAGCUGGCAAGAGAGCGGUCGAAGACUGUCACGACGUUUUACAACCAGUCUGCAAUUGACGUUUCGGCAGAGAAGGCCUCAGUGCGACUCACCUUAGCAACCCUAUUGUACUCUGGGAAGUCUCCCGAUGGACACCACAUCCUGAGCAGUGCCAAGUACCUCCACAAGGAGCUGCCUGUACGGAUCGCUCAUCGCAUCAAGGGCUUCCGCAGUUUGCCCUUCAUCAUUGGCUGCAAUCCCACCAUCCUGCAAGUGCAUGAACUGUAUAUCAGAGCCUACCACAUGCUCAGUGACUUUCCCCAGAUCAAGGAUCAGGACGUGGAGGCUCGCUUCUGCAAACUUGUACAGCAGCUGCUGGACGACCACAAAGAUGUCGUCACGAUGCUGGCCCAGGGCUUCAGAGAGUGUCGCCGGCACAUCCAGGACGAAACCAUCAUCCGCAGCUUCUUGGACACGACGCUGUGCUCUCGGCUGGGAAUCCGAAUGCUGGCCACGCACCACCUUGCCCUUAAUGAAGACAACCCUGAUUUUGUGGGGAUCAUAUGCAGACGCCUCUCUCCCAAAAGGAUCAUAGAGAAGUGGGUGGACUUUGCCAGACGUCUUUGUGAGCAUCAGUAUGGCAACUCGCCCAGAGUGAGGAUCAACGGCCACGUCGCAGCUCGCUUCCCCUUCAUCCCUCUGCCUCUGGACUACAUCCUGCCGGAGCUUCUCAAAAACGCCAUGAGGGCCACCAUGGAAAGCCAUCUGGACACCCCAUACAACGUGCCUGAUGUUGUUGUGACUAUCGCCAAUAACGACAUUGACUUUGUCAUCAGGAUCUCGGACCGCGGCGGCGGCAUCCCUCACAAAAUCAUCGACAAGGUGAUGGACUACCACUUCAGCACGGCAGAGGAGAGCGCCCAGGACCCCCGCAUGAGCAACCUGUUCAACAACAUCACCAACAGCGGGAACCAGUCCAGCCCCAUGCACGGGUUCGGCUUCGGCCUGCCCACGUCCAGGGCCUACGCCGAGUACCUGGGGGGCUCGCUGUCGGUGCAGUCCAUGCAGGGCAUCGGCACCGACGUGUACCUGCGUCUGCGCCACAUCGACGGCAAAGGGGAGAGCUUCCGGGUGUGAGGCUGACCGGACGUCCCGGUAGGUUCCGGUAUGUCCCGGUAGGUCCCGGCGCCGGGAGCACAGAGGGUCCCACGCUCCCACGUCGGCGGCUGGCAAGGACGAGGGUUUAUUUUCCGAUUCUUUUUUUAUUUUAUUAUAUUUUUUUCUGCUCACAAAGUGACAGCCUACGUUUUGUCUUGUCUGUUCUUCUUUGUUGCGCCUUAGACCGAUUAUAAGCUAUGUUAGCUCUCAAUUGGAGUUUUUUUCUUUCUUUUUUUUCUUGCUGUUUUU